GCAAGUCACGCUUUUGUGACACUCGCGAUGUCACGCACGCGUGCAGACAAGCCCCCCGCGACAAUAACCUCUUUCCUCCACACCAACACCGCGUUUCUCUUCCACUUAUUGUCUUAUUGUUACUAUACCUUUUAGGGCUGGCUUUUGUGAUUGUGUUCAAUGCCUCGCGAGAUAGUCACCGUCCAGCUGGGACAAUGCGGCAACCAAAUGGGUUCCGUCUACUGGCAGCGGCUGUGUGCUGAACACGGCAUAAACAAAGAAGGCAUACUUGAAGAAUGGGCAACAGAAGGCGGUGACCGCAAAGAUGUUUUCUUUUACCAAGCCGACGACGAGCAUUACAUUCCUCGUGCUAUUCUUGUUGACCUAGAGCCUCGUGUUAUCAACAAUAUUCUCACAUCGCCGUACGCCAACCUGUACAAUCCUGAAAACAUUUUCGUUUCCAAAGAUGGAGGAGGUGCUGGGAACAAUUGGGCGCAGGGAUAUGCUGCCGGUGAACGAAUCUACGAGGAAGUUAUGGAGAUGGUGGACAGAGAGGCUGAGGGAAGCGACUCAUUAGAGGGUUUUAUGCUUAUGCACUCAAUAGCGGGCGGCACAGGCUCGGGCCUCGGUUCUUUCCUUCUUGAACGACUGAAUGACAAGUUCCCAAAGAAACUAAUUCAGACAUACUCUGUAUUCCCCAACGCGCAAGAGGGAGAUGUAGUUGUGCAACCAUAUAAUGCGAUGCUUACACUCAAGCGACUAACGAAUCAUGCUGAUUCCGUUGUCGUGCUUGACAAUGGUGCCUUGGCACGAAUAUCUGCCGAUAGGCUGCACGUGCAGACGCCGACGUUUGACCAGACAAAUCAGCUAGUAUCAACGGUCAUAGCUGCGAGCACUCAAACGCUACGAUAUCCGGGAUAUAUGAACAAUGAUCUCGUAGGGAUUAUUGCAUCCUUGAUACCCACACCUCGCUGUCACUUCCUCAUGACCUCGUAUACCCCAUUCACCAGUGAUCAGUUAGACUCGGCUAAAGUCGUUCGGAGGACGACGGUACUGGAUGUCAUGCGUCGUCUCCUACAACCAAAGAAUCGUAUGGUUUCAACAACACCAAGCAAAACGGCCUGCUACAUCUCCAUCCUGAAUAUCAUCCAAGGAGACGUUGAUCCCACUGAUGUGCAUCAAUCGUUACUUCGAAUCCGAGAACGCCAACUAGCAAAUUUCAUCCCAUGGGGUCCAGCUUCAAUCCAAGUAGCACUAACUCGCAAGUCACCAUAUGUCGUGACCAAUCACCGUGUCAGCGGCUUGAUGCUUGCCAAUCACACGAGUAUCGCUUCGCUCUUCAAACGGAUGAUUGACCAAUUUGAUCGACUACGUCGGCGAAAUGCGUUCGUGGAGCAGUACAAGAAGGAGAAGAUGUUUGAGAAUGGGCUUGAGGAGUUUGAUGAUGCACGGGCUACGGCGGAAGAGCUACUGAAAGAAUACAAGGCUUGUGAAAGUCCGGACUACAUCACAUACGGUGCACCAGAGGGCGAACAAGCUUCGUAGACACGGGCUGUUGAUUUGAUUUAUGCGCCAUUGUUGUAUACUAGUUUCGACGUUCUUGCUACUUCUUCGCAGCUAAUUACUGGCUUAGUCACACUGAUAUAAUGGGGGAUGCAAAGCGACAACAAAUGCGAAGUGACAUUCUACAAAAACAUACACAUGUACAUUAUAAUGGAAUCAGGACGAGAACACACGAGGAUAUCAAAGACUGUCCGCGUCGUAGGAUUGAGAAACGGUUAUGACAGGGGGGUCAAUCUACGACUUCUUUGGCCCCCCAAGCUUCUCUCCAAUGUUCGUACCUAUCAUACGUAAAUGAUCAGUCAGGCGAACAACAGUAAAACAGCUGAGACAUUA